AUGUCCAGCGAUAAAGGAAAGCAGGCCGACACGUCAGACCCGUACGCGGCCGUCUUGCCCGUCAUUGCCGAUUUGGUCGAAUCCGGUACCCGCGCCUUCGCCCUAAGCAACUGGGAAGAGGCCAUUGAGCAUUUCGGCGAGCUCUCGUCGCUGACGGAGCAGACCUUUGGCCAGAACUCGGCCCGCUACGCCGACAGUCUGGUUAUGUACGGCCGUGCCCUCCUGCAGCACGCGAUCGAGCAGAACGCGCUCCUGGCGCAAAAGACCUUGGCGGAGGCGGCCACCGGCGCCAAGCCCACAGAGGAAGCAGAGCAGGAGGCGAUGCCAAGCAAGGCCAACAUUGCCUUUGAGGGGGAGCCGGAUUUCCGGCAGAUCGAAGAGGCGGAGCAGGAAGAGCAGCAGGAGGAUGAGGAUGAGGAGGACGAUUUUGGCGCGGCGUGGGCGGUGCUGGAUGUGGCAAGGGUGAUCCAGGAGAGCAAUGCCAGCGACAGCAAGGCGCGCUUAAAGUACGCCGAGACGCUGAUGCUGCUGGGCGACGUGUCGAUGGAGUCGGAGAACUUUGCGCAGGCCUGCGUUGACUUCAAGUCCGCGCUGGAGGUCAAAAAGCAGCUGCUGGACUCUGACAGCCGCGAGCUGGCCGAGCUGUUUUACAAGGUCGCCUUGGCCCACGAGUACAACAACGAGACCGCGCAAGCGCUUGAGCUGAUGGCCGAUGUCGAGCGCAUUCUGGCCAGCCGUCUGGAGAAGGCCGGGGACAAGGACGAGAGGGAGGGCCUGGAGGAUGUGCUGGAGGACGUCAGGGCCAAGAUUGCCGAGUGGAAGCUGCCGAAGAAAAAGGUCGAUUUGAAUGCGCUGACGCCCGGAGAGAGCGCGCUGGCCGAGAAGGCCAGGGAGAUGUUCAAGAGUGCGCUGGAGUCGGGCCAGGUCAACGAUCUGACCAGUCUGGUCAAGAAGCGCAAGGGCAAGGAGCCAGAGGACUCUGGGGCCAAGAGGAAGUCUGAAGACGAAGGCGAGGACGAGGACGCCGACGCCAAGCGGCCAAAAAACGCCUGA